AUGCGUUUCUCAUAUGCCAUCAUCGCCCUCAUUGGCGCAGCCCAAGCCAUUCCCACAGUAGGCAGCGUUGUGACCGAGCGGGGCGUCUGCAACAGCGCCGAGGAGUGCAAGGGCGUCGCCCGGGCCAUCGUAGCCGACCAGGCCGCUCUAGAAGCACGCAAGAAGAGCAAGGCGGCCAAGGGCGCCGCCGGCAAUGCCACAGCAGCAGCUGCCUCAAAGAACAACAACAACAAGGCCCGGUCCAAGCAGCUCAUCAAGGACGAGGCAGAAGAAGAGGAGGAGGACGUCGAGGCCCGCGCCCUGGGCGACGCCGUCGACAGCCUCGUCGGCGAGGGAACGGGCCUGCUGGACGACGUCACGAGCACGGUGGGGCUCAAGACGCGCGACGGCAACGAGGUCCGCGCCGCGGUGACUGACAGCGCGGCCCUCGAGGCCCGGAAGAAGAGCAAGGCUUCCAAGGGCGCCGCUGGCAACGCCACGGCGGCGGCAGCCUCGAGCAACAACAACAACAAGGGCCGCUCGGCGAACCUCAUGGACGGCGUCGGUGCCAGUGGCACACUUGAGGCCAGGAAGAAGAACAAGAAGGCCAAGAACGCCACUGCCGAUGCUGCCGCGGCCGCUGAUGCCGGCGCUGCUGCGGCUCGCCGAUCUCGUCGUUCGUACAAGCUGUUCUGA